AUGCCUCUCACUAAGGAUCUCCUUCAUCCCUCUCCAGAAGAGAAGAGAAAACACAAGAAGCACCUGGUGCAGAGCCCCAAAUCCUACUUCAUGGAUGUGAAAUGCCCAGGGUGCUAUAAAAUCACCACCGUCUUUAGCCACGCACAAAUGGUAGUUUUGUGUGUUGGUUGUUCCACUGUUCUCUGUCAGCCAACAGGAGGAAAUGCAAGGCUUACAGAAGGAUGUUCCUUCAGAAGGAAGCAGCACUAAACGCACCUCGAAUCAAGAUGAGUGGGGAACCAUCCCAAUAAACACAUUUUGAAUUUAA